AUGCCUGAUUUGUUGCACGCUCCCCCUACCGGCGGCAAACCAAUCGCACCCCCUUCGCCUCACGUACCCUUAACCCUGGUACUGUACACCGCCAUGACCUCACCUCUCCCUGCCGAUUGGUCUUAUAACACCAUCUUACCGAAAACUAUCCCCCUCAAUUCCCAACGUUUCCAACCUUACACUCUUGUGACCGCGUCACGUCUAUUUCGUCCUCCUCACACUACCAGUGCCAAAAAUACCAUGUCCACCCGCCCAUCAAAGCAACAGGCGGCCAGGGAAGUAAUCGACAUCCUCCACGAGAUAUCUACACUUCUUAACACGCAUCUCGACAGGACUACGCUGAGUCUUUGUGUCAGUCUCGUAGAGAACGGGGUCCAUCCUGACGCGUUGGCGGCGGUGAUUAAAGAGCUUAGGAGGGAGAGUGGGCAGUUGAACAUGGGACAGCUUGAGGAAACGUGAUCAAAUUGGGGUAGAUAAGACAGCUAGAGUGGGGCUAGGGCCGCUUGAGCGGAGGGCUUGGUGAUUAAUG